AUGAGCUAUUAUGAUCAAAAGCAACCUCCCGUCGGUGUCCCUCCUCCGCAAUAUUAUCCGCCACCUCCGGGAUAUCCACCGCAAGAAGCUUAUCCUCCACCGACGUAUCUACCGCCACAAGGGUAUCCUCCUCAAGGAUACCCUCCUCAAGGUUAUCCUGCUCAGGGAUACCCUCCUCCCUAUGCCCCUCAGAAGGAAAAGCAUAAUGGUUGCUUACAAGGCUGUUUGGCUGCUAUUUGCUGUUGCUGCUUGCUGGAUGCUUGUUUUUGA